GUUUUAGAGAGAGAAGAUCCAAGUGGAUGGGCUUUAGAGAGAGAAACGGGGGUAGUGUAUGUGUGUGUGUGUAUAUGUGAGAGAGUUAGCGGAGGUGUCACGCCUCUUCUGGGUAUUUAAUAUUGGGAUUGUAUUUUUCAUUUUUGAUUUGGGGAAUUUCGGACCACGACGACCUCCUCGCUGUCCUCGGGACCUUUGGGAUAACCGGAGUUGCAGUAAAAGGGCCCGGAUCUCUGAGCACUAAACCACACUCUUUCUCUCUCUAUCCCUCUCUCUCUCUCUCUCUCUCAAUUGGCUCCUGGAUAAACAACCCCACGCUUGCUUCCCCCUUCUCUCUCUAAUUAUUGUUUCUCCAUUUCCUAUCCCCUAUCCCCAGUUCAUAUCAGAGGGAGCACCGCCUCCAGAUCUGUGGCGAUGGCAAAGAGGGUGAGAUUUUAGUGAGAGAAACAAGUAUUUGAAAAAGAGAGAACAAUGAAGAGAGCUCAAGGGGAUAGCAGCUCCGGCGCCUACAGGGCGUCACACGGGAAGAGCAAAAUGCAAGAACCACAGGACGCAGGCGUAGACGAGCUCUUGGCGUCGUUAGGCUACAACGUUAGGGCAUCGGACAUGGCGGAGGUGGCGCAAAAACUCGAGCAACUUGAGAUGGUUAUGGGCACCGCUCAAGAAGACGGGAUCUCCCAUCUCGCCUCUGAAACUGUCCAUUACAACCCCUCUGAUAUCGCAACCUGGAUCGAAAGCAUGUUAACUGAGCUCAACUUUCCCCCUAAUUUAGGUGCUCCCUAUGCUCCAAACCCUAGCAAUAAUUGCUGGACGGCCGCCGAGCUGCCUCCACCUCCACUACCGGAUUCCAACGCAGCCGAGUCCUGUUCUUCUAAUUUACACCCCCCUCAAUUGUUUGAUUCGAGUGAUUUUGGAACGAGUUCCCAAAUUAGCAGCUUAGUUUAUCAGUCUCCACCGAGAGAAAAGAAAAGGAUCAAAGCAGCACCACCACCGGAGCCCCGACCAGUGGUGGUGGUGGACUCUCAGGAGACUGGGAUUCGGCUGGUGCACACGCUGAUGGCGUGCGCUGAGGCGGUUCAGCAGGAGAAUAUGAACGCAGCGGAGGCCCUUGUGAAGCAGAUCGGGAUGCUGGCAGUGUCACAAGCAGGGGCGAUGCGCAAGGUUGCUACCUUCUUUGCCGAGGCCCUGGCCCGAAGGAUCUUUCGAUUUCACCCGCAAGAUACCGUCGACUUGUUCUCGGAUAUUUUACAGAUGCACUUCUAUGAGACCUGCCCUUAUUUGAAAUUCGCCCAUUUCACCGCGAACCAGGCCAUUCUCGAGGCCUUUGCGGGGAAGAAGAGAGUGCAUGUGAUUGAUUUCAGUAUGAAACAGGGGAUGCAAUGGCCGGCUCUUAUGCAGGCUUUGGCCUUAAGACCCGGAGGACCACCGGCUUUCAGGCUCACCGGGAUUGGUCCUCCUCAGCCCGAUAACACCGACCCUCUGCAACAAGUGGGCUGGAAAUUGGCCCAACUAGCUGAGACAAUUCAUGUAGAAUUUGAGUACCGAGGCUUUGUGGCUCGAAGCCUGGCUGACCUCGAAGCGUAUAUGCUCGACGUAAGGCCAAGCGAUGUCGAGGUGGUGGCCGUGAAUUCCAUCUUCGAGCUGCACAACCUGCUAGCUCAACCCAGCGCCCUCGACAAGGUGCUUGCCUCCGUCCGAGCCCUGCGGCCCAAAAUUGUGACCAUCGUCGAGCAAGAGGCAAACCAUAACGGGCCGGUCUUCAUGGACCGUUUCACUGAGGCGCUUCACUAUUACUCCACUCUGUUUGACUCCUUGGAGGGUUGCGGCUUGCCUCCUGGCAGUAAUGACCAGGUCAUGAGCGAGGUUUAUCUGGGGAGGCAGAUAUGCAAUAUCGUGGCGUGCGAGGGUGCGGAUAGGGUCGAGAGGCACGAGACCUUGACCCAGUGGAGGGCUCGGAUGGGUGCAGCCGGGUUCGCGCCCGUGCACCUGGGCUCGAACGCGUUUAGACAGGCUAGCAUGCUUCUAACUCUUUUCUCAGGUGGUGAUGGUUACAAAGUGGAGGAAAACAAUGGGUGCCUCAUGUUGGCUUGGCAUACGCGUCCCCUCAUUGCUACUUCGGCUUGGCAAAUCGCCCUGCCUUAGAUUCAAACCCUAAUCCACUCUCUCUCUCUUCUUUUCCCCCUUUUCUUCUUCAAUUUUCUAGUGUUUUUUUUGUUUAGAGAUAUCACUCUUCUCUUCCUGUAAUUUUAUGAGUUCUCUCUCUCUCUCUUUUCAUUUGGUUCUGUAUCUGUGUAUCCAAUAAAAGAAAAUGACCCAUCCCACUUUUUUGAUUCAA